AUGAGCAGCUGCUUCAUUUCUUGGUUUGCUUUGGGUAGUAGAGGAGAAGAAAGUUUGAACUUCACAAAUGUGAGUUUUUAUCAGUGUGUGAGAAAUUUGACGACCUUCUUGCUCGCAGGUCUCGCAGGUGUGAAAAACGAAACAACUCACCACCACAUAAAAAAUUCACAGACCCAGAUGACGGAUCAUCACACCAAUAACACUUACUUCAACAAGGAAAAGCUCUCUCAAAAGAGAAUAAAACCCCUCACACUUGUGUUCAUACAGCAGCACGAUAAAAAAAGAUUAUUAUUGGGAUUGAAGAAACGAGGAUUUGGUCAUCUCAAAUUUAAUGGCUUCGGAGGAAAAGUUGAACAACAAGAUGACUCCAUCUUGCAUGCUGCUCAUCGAGAAUUAUUUGAAGAGUGUGGUAUUCAUGCCAUUAAUUUGAAAAAGAGAGGUUUAAUUUUCUUUGAAUUUGAUCCACAAUUUGAGCCAAAUGUUUUAGAAGUGCAUGUAUAUUCGACGAGUGAAUAUUCUGGAGAAAUAUCCGAGUCUGAAGAAAUGCAACCACAAUGGUUUGACUAUGAUAGCAUACCUUUUGAAAAGAUGUGGGUCGAUGAUGCAUUUUGGUUUCACUUACUCCUGGAAGGACCUGAAACAAAAUUCAGAGGUCACUUUAUCUUUUCCGAUUUUUCAACCAUUGUUGAUCAUCGUUUGGAGAGAGUACAUUCCGAUGAUGAAUUACGUUCCUUUGUGUUGAAUGAAUGA